AUGCGUUUAUUCCUACUAUUGUCGUACAUUUUUAACGUUCUAAGAGGAGAAAUCGGUAAGUUUCCCACGUUUUUGCGGUUUUUAAAGGGUUUCGGUUUAGAUGACACGUUUAACCCGACAAAAUGCGAAACUUGUGCUCUUGUGGCAAUGGAGUUCAAUCAUCAAGCUUCCCGAAUUCAUAAGGUGAGUAGUUGUAGUUGUUCAUUACAAAAAAAGUGUUUUUCAGCGCGUUUCGUCUGAAUUUGCCGAACUGAUUGAGAAUUUCUGCUUUGGAUUUAACAAAUUUUAUGUGAGUUCACUUUUGCGAGUGUGGGCUGAAAAAAAGAUAGUAAUUUCAGGUUCACAAAGAGAAAACGGGACUGGCAAGGUUUUCUAACGAACCAUCAAAGACAAUGACAACGCUGAGACAAAUGAGAAACAAAGGCGUCAAGGUGAGAGUUUUCAGACUAACAAUGCGCAUUUCUCAUGUAACCGGCCAAGAGAGAUUCUAAAUUUUUAAAUAUUUGAGCUUGACUCUAAAACCAAGAAAAAAUUGAGAAUUCUAUGAACUCAUAAAUUCUAAGCACAAACUGCAUUUGUUAAAAAAGCUUUAAUAGCCGUAAAUGUCUACUGGUCUGGAAACCUUGAAGGUCUAGACAGACUGAUAUGCAAAGAAGUGUAGUGACAAGAAGUCUAGACAAAGAAAAAAGAAGAGAAACUUCGGAAUUACUCAAGAUUACCUAAUGAAAAUGCACUUUUUGACAUGUUUCACCAUUAGUUCGGCUGAAAUGACUUUUCGAGUAGAUCUUUUCCCUCUUCUCCUAUCUCAUCUGUUGUAAAUCCCUCAGGAUUCAUUGCUUUUCUCUCCUUUUUCCGUUUCUUCGUUUUUUCUUCGCAUCCUUUCCAUUUCAUGGAAAAGGUUUAGGGUUCAUGCAAAAAGUAAAGCAACUAAUGGAAAAUGGAGAGAAAGAAGGUUCAUAGAACAAAAAGUGAACGUUCUUAGAUGGUGUGAAGCGAUGAAACCGGUUUUUAUGGUUUUUUGAGAAGGCUGUGUAUGGAAUGUCGUGUUAUAGUGCAAAGUACACAAAAAUUAUUGAAUGUGACAAUGAUUCUACACAGAUAAGAAGUAAAAAGUAGCUGAAUAGGUUAUCAUUCAGACUUCUGAGAAAAAAAUUUGGAGUCUGGCGUGGAAACAAAUUGAAUGUUCAUUUCACCUAAACUGAUCAAACUCUUGUUCUUCUACCUUCGGUUGAUUCCUUCUUAACUUUCAAUUAUGAUAUCUGAUGCUUACCACGUCCUUGAUCUUAUGUUGAAAUCUUAUCACAAAUUAUUCAUCUAAUGUCACGCGUGUCCGUCCUUCCAACGUUUUUUUUCUGUUCCCUAUCAAUCUUCAAUCCUGAUUCAUCCGUCUGCCAGUCCCUAACAGGUAUAAAAAUCCAUGAAACAGUCUGUGCGCGUGUGUCAAAAGUCUGUAUGGCUGAGUAAUUGAAAUCCAUUAAACAGAGAAAGGGAGAUUACCUUUCGGACUCUCAUGUCGCUAAUCGCAACAUUUCAAAUGGAACAUAUCCGAAAUGGUGUAGUUACCUGUAUAAUUAUGAUGUGUUUGGUACACACUCACUCACAUGGAUAUAAUGGACUUCUCAUGGAUCGGAAUGAAUUGUCGCCGGACGCACGGCGAGGGGGAAAGAGUGUGCUAAACUGGUUUCGGUAUGUCCGAAUUUCUCUAAUGUGUCGGAUGCCUGAAUGGUCUUUACCGUCAGGUUGAAAUAGAAAUGCGCUAAAAUCAACGCAUUGUUGCCAAUUUUUCGCCAUACUGCACCGCAAUUAUGAAGUUAAUGGGUAUGUUGGUGUAGUGUAAGUCAUCUCAUGCGCAAAAAAUUCAUUUCGUUUCAAUCUCCCCUCGGAAUUGGGUUACGGUCAAACCGCAACACUUGUUUCCAAUUACCGAAAAGUGCAAGUACAGUAAUCGGAGGAUGAUGUAUGUGUCUAAAGUCCAAAAACGUCGGCUGACAUCAAUUAGGUUAGGAUUUUGGUCAGAUGUUUGAAACAAGCUAAUGGCGCCUAAUGUCCGCAAAAAAGCUUUUAUAAAAAGUUCGCAGUGAAAUUGUUCAGAAAGGAGAAGCAACUGGUGCUUUUGACUUGAAACUACAUGCUAACUUUUUGGGAAAAAGUUCUACUGAAACUUAUGUAUUGGUAGCACAACUCUAUGAUAAAGGUAAUACAAAAUAAGUUGAUAACUAGCAGAAGUACAGUCCCUUUCCAACGGUUCAUGAAAUUUACAGUACAUAUCCCCCACCGAGAUAGCACUUUCAUUCCCCAACAGCUUCUGUUGUUUUUUCAGGUGGAACUCGGAAUGCCCGAAGAGCUCUGGGACCAACCAUCAGCCGAAAUCGUUGUGCUCCGUCAAGGAUGUGAACUCAUCGUCGAAAACUUCGAAGAUCUCAUGGAAUCCUGGUUUCUGGAGAGGAAAAGUCUCAAUGAUCUAAUGAUAUCUGUGUGUAAAAUGGGAGCUUUACGGUACGAAAAUACCGAUUGUCUGCCCAUGGGUUCCGGAAGAAAUGAAUUGUAA